CCGGAGCGGGAAGAUGGCGGCGGCGCAGGAGGCGGACGGGGCCGGCAGCGCCGUGGUUGCAGCCGGGGGAGGCGGCUCCGGUCAGGUGACCAGCAAUGGCAGCAUCGGGAGGGACCCGCCGGCGGAGACCCAGCCCCAGAACCCACCACCCCAGCCAGCACCCAACGCCUGGCAGGUCAUCAAAGGCGUGCUGUUCAGGAUCUUCAUCAUCUGGGUCAUCAGCAGCUGGUUCCGCCGAGGGCCGGCCCCGCAGGACCAGGCAGGCCCCGGGGGGGCUCCGCGCGUCGCCAGCCGCAACCUGUUCCCCAAAGACACUUUAAUGAACCUGCACGUGUACAUCUCCGAGCACGAGCACUUUACAGACUUCAACGCCACAUCAGCGCUGUUCUGGGAGCAGCAUGACCUCGUGUACGGCGACUGGACUAGUGGCGAGAACUCGGAUGGCUGCUACGAGCACUUCGCCGAGCUCGAUAUCCCACAGAGCGUCCAGCAGAAUGGCUCCAUCUACAUCCACGUCUACUUCACCAAGAGUGGCUUCCACCCAGACCCCCGGCAGAAGGCCCUCUACCGCCGGCUCGCCACGGUCCACAUGUCACGGAUGAUCAACAAAUACAAGCGCCGGCGAUUUCAGAAAACCAAGAACCUGUUGACGGGAGAGACAGAAGCCGAUCCAGAAAUGAUCAAGAGGGCCGAGGACUACGGUCCCGUGGAGGUGAUCUCCCACUGGCACCCCAACAUCACCAUCAACAUCGUGGACGACCACACGCCAUGGGUGAAGGGCAGCGUGCCGCCGCCUCUGGACCAGUAUGUGAAGUUCGAUGCCGUGAGUGGGGACUACUACCCCAUCAUCUACUUCAACGACUACUGGAACCUGCAGAAGGACUACUACCCCAUCAACGAGAGCCUGGCCAGCCUGCCGCUCCGCGUCUCCUUCUGCCCACUCUCGCUCUGGCGCUGGCAACUCUACGCUGCCCAGAGCACCAAGUCGCCCUGGAACUUCCUGGGUGACGAGCUGUACGAGCAGUCAGACGAGGAGCAGGACUCGGUGAAGGUUGCGCUCCUAGAGACCAACCCCUACCUGUUGGCGCUCACCAUCAUUGUGUCCAUCGUCCACAGUGUCUUUGAGUUCCUGGCCUUCAAGAACGAUAUCCAGUUUUGGAACAGCCGGCAGUCUCUGGAGGGCCUGUCCGUGCGCUCCGUCUUCUUCGGCGUGUUCCAGUCUUUCGUGGUCCUUCUCUAUAUCCUGGAUAAUGAGACCAACUUCGUGGUCCAGGUCAGCGUCUUCAUCGGGGUCCUCAUCGACCUCUGGAAGAUCACCAAGGUCAUGGACGUCCGGCUGGACCGGGAGCACAAGGUGGCAGGACUCUUUCCCCGCCCAACCUUCAAAGACAAGUCCACGUAUAUCGAGUCCUCGACCAAAGUGUAUGAUGAUAUGGCGUUCCGGUACCUGUCGUGGAUCUUGUUCCCGCUCCUGGGCUGCUAUGCUGUCUACAGCCUCCUGUACCUGGAGCACAAGGGCUGGUACUCCUGGGUGCUCAGCAUGCUCUAUGGCUUCCUGCUGACCUUCGGCUUCAUCACCAUGACCCCCCAGCUCUUCAUCAACUACAAGCUCAAGUCUGUGGCCCACCUGCCCUGGCGCAUGCUUACCUACAAGGCCCUCAACACCUUCAUCGACGACCUGUUUGCCUUUGUCAUCAAGAUGCCCGUCAUGUACCGGAUCGGCUGCUUGCGGGACGAUGUGGUCUUCUUCAUCUACCUCUACCAGCGGUGGAUCUACCGCGUCGACCCCACGCGGGUGAACGAGUUUGGCAUGAGUGGCGAGGCCCCGACGGCAGCCGCCCCUGUGGUCGAGGCCCCGACGGCAGCAGGGGCCCUCCCACCGCCACCCGCCCCGGCCCCCGCCACAGCCGCCGCCGCCGCCGCCGCCGCCGCCACCACCACCACCACCACCACCAGAGAGGAGGCCUCCACGCCCCUGCCCGCCAAGCCCACCCAGGGGGCCAGCUCUGCCAGCGAGCCCCAGGAAGCCCCUCCAAAGCCAGCAGAGGACAAGAAGAGGGAUUAGCUGCCCCCGGUCCUCCUCUUCCGCUCCGGCUCCUGGUGACCACCACCACCCCCACCCACCCACGCUGUCCUGGCCCCCUCGCCUCCCCUCCCUGUCGCCCUUUCCCUGGACAGAUCGGGCCAGGGCGGCGGGAGGCCCCCCCUCGGGCCGGAGCCCAGCGUGUGUCGGGGGGCCGGGGCAGGCCAGGGCAUGUUGUCUGUGGAGGCGCCGUCUGUCCGUAUGUUCCUCUGUGUUUCUAGCCAUCUCGCCCUGCCAGCCCAGCACCAUUGGGAAUCAUGGUGAAGCCGACGUGGCGCUGCCGAGGUUGGGGGCCAGGCGGGGAGAGCGGCCGGGGCCCCUCUGUGGGAUGCCCACGGCCAUCCAUCAUCUUGUCCCCUGUCCCCCGGCCACGCCCCUCCUCCCAGACCGCCGCCCUUUAACACAGUCUGGAUUUAAUAAAUUCAUAUGGGUGUUUAACUUAAACUCA